ACCUUGCCGUAUAACUCAAAGUACCUUCACAAAACUAACGAUAGCUCCACUAUGACAUAGGCGCUUUGAAAAGUGUCGAUUACGAUAUGGUCCAGUUGGUGCAUCAUGAUUUUUGUCCUGAUAAACUGAGCAAAUGGAUGCCGCGAAAAGAACUUCACUGCCUUAUUGUGCUGUUGGGUAUCUGGUCUUUACUUUCACUGUCCAGGAAUGAUAACUGGCAUUGCUGGCUACGCAAUAGCACAUGGACCAAGUUUCAAAGCUAUACUUGCCCCAUGGUUAUAAUACAUUGCACUUCAAUUAAUCACCAAAGCCAUUACUUGUAUUUGGAUAUCACUGGGUUAAUACACUAUUUAGCACAAAGCUAGAUAGCACACGAAUUCAAAGAUAGUUUUCAGAACGUGGGGCAUGAGAAAACUAUAUUCUAUAAAACAAGACUUCGUUUCCCUCCAUCCAGACAGUUCUGAAUCCUUGAAAAAC